AUGUUUAAGACUAUUGCUGAUCCCACUGACUGUGAAGUGCAUUCUGUAAUAUGGUUUUUGAACGCAAAGAAUGUUAAGUCAGUUGAAAUUCAUCGUCAACUUGUAGAGAUUUAUGAUGAAAAUGUAAUGAGUGAUGGAAUGGUUAGAAAAUGGGUUCGACAAUUCAAUGCUGAACGCACUGAUGUUCAUGACGAAGCAUGGAGUGGCUGGCCUUCUGUUGUCAAUGAUGGUUUGAUUGCAAAAAGAGAUUUAACACGUCAUCUGGAUAAAAUAAGUAAAGACUUAGAAAAAAUCUGUAAAAAUAUACUUUGGUCAACGUUAUCAAGUGAAAACUAUUCUAAAAAUGAAAUUAAAUAUUUAUUUGAAAGUUGGAAUGCCUAUCAUCAUUUAUGUUUCAAACUCCCUCCAUCUAGGACUAAUGAAGAAAUAAAAGUUUUUCAAAACAAAAUAGAUGCACUUUGGAAAAUCAUUAAUUGCUUAAAUAAAUUGUUGAUUCCAAAUAUUAUCUCUCCUACCAUUUAUGAAGAGCUGAAUUUUAUUAAAAAUAGUUUGACUACAGUAGAGGAGUCCUUAAAGUCAUCUGGUGUUGUUAGCAGUGGAGGAAGAUUUGAAUGGAUAGAUAGUAUACUUGUAACAGCUAUCAAAAAAGGCUAUUGGUUGUUGAUUGAUGAUGUAAAUUUUUGCAGCCCUUCUGUUCUUGAUCGCCUGAAUGGGUUAUUGGAACCAAAUGGAGUUUUAACACUAAGUGAAUUAGGUGUAAUAGGUGAAGAAGUUCCAGUUAUUACACCCCAUCCAAAUUUUAGACUUAUCUUUGCAAUGAAUCCUAAAAAUGGAGAAAUUUCUCCUGCUAUGAGAAAUCGUGGGAUUGAAAUAUAUAUUCCAGGAGAGGCUGAUGGUCAUAACUUUGAUGACUUUGAUUUGUAUACAUUACUCCAAUGUAAAGGAUUAAAUGAUUCUUUGAUAAUAUCUGAUCUAUUGUGUACACAUAAAAUGAUUUUAGAAGAAUAUUCAGGUAAUCAAAUAGAAGUGCCAACAGUUUUGGAAUUAUUACAAACAACUUCUUUGUGUGUCCAGCUUCUUCAAUGUGGUUAUCAUCCAGAAAAUGCAUUUAUAGAAAGUUGUAAUACUGUUUAUGUGAAGGGUAUUCUUAAUCAUUUUGUUAAACAGAAAAUUGAAAUGUGUUUUAAAGAACUCAUUUCUGGAUUUUCUACAUUACAUAAUUACUCUGAUACAAAUAUCCUUUCAUCUCUGAUGCCAUCAGCAUUAGAAUUCUAUAUGGAUCCUAUUUUGGCUCGCUUGAAACAAGAGAGUAUAUUAUGCAACUGUCUCCUUUAUAAUGUUGAAAAUAAUAAUAAGAUGAAUACAUUUUCAAGUUUGAAAAUUGAAAUGUGUUUUAAAGAACUCAUUUCUGGAUUUUCUACAUUACAUAAUUACUCUGAUACAAAUAUCCUUUCAUCUCUGAUGCCAUCAGCAUUAGAAUUCUAUAUGGAUCCUAUUUUGGCUCGCUUGAAACAAGAGAGUAUAUUAUGCAACUGUCUCCUUUAUAAUGUUGAAAAUAAUAAUAAGAUGAAAAGAAUUGUUGAUGAAAGUAUGGAAGAUUUCACAGUAGACAAGACUCCAUUAAUAGCAGAAUUACCAUUUUCCAUUGAAUCAACAGAAGAUCAAAUUUAUUUGAUAUGCUGUGUUGCAAAAAUGUUCAUAGAAACAUCUACAAUAUGUGAUUUUAGUUACCGAGAAUUUUGGAUUCAGCAGAAAGUUUCUCACCUGGAAAAUAAAUGUGAAAUGUUCCAAAAUGUAUCCAGUCAUCUGACUGUAAUUUCAAAAUAUCUUUGUACAGUAUUUGAAUCUCCAAUCAUGCAGCAAUUAUAUAACUAUUUACAGAAUUUUUCUAAUUCAGAUAAGUUAAAUGAUCAGCUGAUUGAUGAUAUGUUAUUGGAUAUAAGAUGGAAUACUGCAUUACAGAAGAAAAUUUUUAUUUUAUCAAAAGAAAAUCAAGAUUUAUUAUCAAGUCUUCAUUCUUUUGGCAAUAGAUUUCAGCUUUUUCUGCAUUAUCAACUAUUCAGGUUUAUUCAGGACACAUGUAUUCAUACAACAAAACAAAACAGAAAUUUUUCUUUAGCUAAUUUGUCUAAAGCAUUUAUUGAAGGGCGCAUUAUAAGAAAUGAUUUAUCUCAUUCUGUUAUUCAAUUUGUACUACCUCUUCUUUGUGAAAUAGACAAGGAAAUAUUAUUAUUGCUUAAUCAAAGAAAUUAUUUAUGUAAAACAACUGAUUUGUGGAAGAUUAUAGAAGCAAUAAGAUAUUAUCAUUAUUUUGUUGCCAUUUGCUAUGAAAUAUGUACAAAACAAUCUAUAAAACAUCAACUAUCUCUCUUGAUAUUACAUUGGAGAUGGAUUGAGAAAAGGUUUCUUCCCUAUUUGUUUAAUGAAAAUUCUAGAAAUGAAAGUGAAAAUUGCAACUUGAAAAUAAUUGUUAAUGACAUCAAAAAAGCUUUAGAGCCUAAUAUAUCAAGAAUGCAUGAACUAAAAUUGAAAUCAUCUAAGUAUUUGAGUUUUUGUGUGCCAAUUCAAGAUGAAAUAGCAGCUUCUGUUUUUAUAGAUAUACAAAGACUCUCAAAAACAUUAAAUAUUUAUAAUUAUAUAAAAAACUCAAAUCAGCAACUUAUAUCAGUAUAUCUUUAUGGAUCAAAAUGGAUGGAGCAAUUACAGAAUUGUUUGGCAGUGCUUACUAAUUCUGAUUUACCAGAGCAUAUUAAUAAAGCUAAAGAUAUGUUAAAAGUUAUUGAAAUAGAUAUGAGUAAUAAAAAACUUCUGAGUAAUCAAAAUAUGAAGCUCAGUGAAAUUUGUUCACAGAAUGUUAAAGUUUCUUGUGAAGAGUUGACGUUUCAUGUACAAUUAUCACCAAUGAUGGAUUAUAUUUAUGUCAUAGGAAAACAAAAAUUGCUGUAUCAUACAUUGUGUGAUAUUCAUAUUACAGUUUUACCAGAAAAACUUUUAUCUUUGAUUAAUAACAAAUUUAAUAAGAAUGUUUCAAGAUGUAGUGAAGAGUUGCUCUGUAAAAUAAACAAAGAAAAUAUUCUUUAUCCCAUUGAGUAUGUUAAUGAAUAUGGAAUUUUUCAAAAAAAUAAUGCUGUAAUAUCUUUAUUACUAAAUUUUUUUACUCAUCUUAAAUGGAGUCCUACAUCAGCUUUCAUAUCAGAAUUUUUAACAUGGAAUAUUUGUGAUACAGAUUUAUUAGAAACACUCAUCACUAACAGAACAGAAAAUAUAUCAGUUUGGAAAAAAGAGGGAACAUUUAUGCAACCAGUCCGGUUCUUUAUCUUUUUGAUGUUACAAAAUGAUUUUGAUUCUGUCUCAUUUACUGUUAGAAAUUAUUUUGCAAAAUCAGAACAACUAAAAAAGUUAAACAGUCUUCUUUGGAAAAAUGCACUUGAUUUUUGUCAUAAUGCACCAUCAUUUAAAUUAGUUAAUGCACUUGUAGUAAUAGUAUGGUUUAAUUAUAUUGCUUGGUGUUUACUCUCUGAAAUAAAGAAAGAUGUUCAGCAUGUCAGUAGUUUGGAUGAAUUACAUUCAUUACUUUUAAUGAUAGAUUUUCCAUCUGAUUUUUAUAAUAUUGUAGAAAAAACAGUAUAUUCAAUAAAAGAGUUAUAUCAGAGCAUAAUGGAAGGAGUGUCAGAAUUUUCAUUGCAGUGGAUAUUAGGAAAAGCAUCAGCUUAUGUUGGUCUUCUCACCUUUCAAUUAUUUAUUCCUAGAGAUAUUGUUGAUCCUAUUCAAAAAUGGAAAAUAAAAUUACAUUAUUUCAUUAAGGAACAUAAUGAAAUUUCCAUGGAAUUAAAAUUGAGAAAUAUUUAUUCAGAAAUUCUCACUGGGAUGAAAUUGAAUCCAACAAAUGAAUGUCAUCCAGUUAUUUCAUAUUUAUUAGAAAGAAAAGAUUUUCUUAAAGAAAAGAAGAAAGAAUUAAAGAAGAAAAUAUUUUUUAGACCCAAUACUCCACAGUAUGAAGAUUUGUUGCAAGAUGUUCAUCACUUUUUAUCAUCUGUUGGUUCUGCAAAUACAAUGUUAUCUAUGUUAGAACAAUUGGAUCAUGUUAAAGAAAUGUGCACUGUUGGUAAAGAUAAAGAUGUUAUGAAAUUAGAAAAAGUUCUGCGAGAAAUUGAAAGAUGGCAGAAGUCAGAAGAUAGUUUUUCAAAUAAAUUACAAGAAAAGUAUUUAUUAUAUGGAGAUUUGAUAAUACCAUUUUUAGCAGGAUUAAAACAGAUGGCUUUUGGAGUUCAAACUGCAGCUAAUUAUGUGUCAUCUCAAUUGUUCAAAUUACAAUUUUCACAGGAUCUUAUAUCAAUAGAGAAAUUUUUCAUAAAAUUGUUAGAAUUUCCAUAUGUUAGCAUAUCUUAUAAUGAAGAUUUAUCGCCUGCUUAUUUUCUUUCACAAUCAUCAACUAUUUCAUUUUUUGAAUCUCUCUUAAAUUAUGUGUUUAAGGAAAACUCAUUUAUAGUGCAAGAAAAUAUUACAAAAUUGAUCAUGUCUGGUCUCAUAGAAUUAAAAAAUGAAAUAUUAUUAACUAAAGGAGAUGAUCUUUAUGCAUUAAGGGUUUUUAAAUUAUUGUCAAAAUUUUUGAAUGUGAUAUUUAAUGUGUGGCACCAGCAAGAAACAGAACAAAAACGUAAAGAAGAAGAGGAACAAGCUUUGUAUGAAUAUCGAAUUUCUCAAAAAUUAGGUUCAUUAUCUGAAGAACAGCAGCAAAAGUUAGAAAUAAAAGAACUGUUUCCAUCAUAUGAGGAGGAAUUUAAUGUUAAAGAAGAUGACGAUUUGAAAAAUUCUAGUGAUCCUAGUGAUCCUGAGCAAAACAUUUACAGUCAUCCAAAUAAUAUAACAUUUUCAUUGAAACAUCAGGAUAUGAUUGAUAUAUGGAGUAUUCAUGCUACAAUUGUUUCUAUUCUCUCAAAUAAGUCUGAAUUUCCUUACAUUUCACAGUUUCAUUCAAAUGGAAAAUAUGAUUUAAAGAGACUGGAAUAUAUUCAGCCAUUUAUGUUAAGAUAUGAAGUUGUUCAGUAUUUAGUAAAAGAUAUUGGACAAAAUUUAGAUUCAAUGCUUGAUGGCUACACUAUAAACAGUAAUUUGCUUACAAACUUUGCUACUCAGAAUGUUUUUAAACAGUUGGAUAACACAUGGCAGAAGGAUUUUGAUGUUUACCACAAUUGCAAUCCUUCAGAAUCAAUUCAGUGCCAGAUUAUCCUGAAGAAAUUAACUGAGAAACUUCACAGUUUAUUGGAACAAUUUCCAGAUCAUCCAACUUUAAAACAGGUAUUAAAAAUCAUUGAUAGAAUUCUUAGUUUCCCUGUCACAAGUCCUUUGAUGAAAUUUGUAACUGGUUUUGAAUUAAUUCUAACUGUUUCACAGGAUUGGGAAAUUAAUGCACAUAAAGGUGUAUCCUUAAUUAAUGAAUUAUCUGAAAUUACUGAGAAAAUUAUUAGUUGGAGAAAAUUGGAACUCAGAUGCUGGUCUGGAUGCUUGGAUUCCUUAUAUAAUAAAGCAUACAGCAACUGUGCAAAAUGGUGGUUCUAUUUAUAUUCUGUUAUUUCUCCUAUAAUUGGUGACGGGAAUUUAAAUGAAGAAAAAUGGCCAGAUGAGACAAGAGAUAAUUUUAUUGGUACUCUGCAGCAAUUUGUAGAACAUUCAACAGUAGGCGAGUUUCAAGCACGGAUAGAUUUGUUAUAUACAUUUAUGGAACAUAUUAAACAUUAUUUGUCAUCUCAUUCACAAGCCGACUUAUGCAAUAUUUUGUCCAAUAUCUAUUAUUAUUACCAUCAGUUUGUGAUUUCUGUUCAUGAGAAGAUAUCUACAGAUAGAAAAGUUAUUGAAAAAGAAAUUAAGGAAUUUAUAAAAAUAAUUAGAUGGAGUGAUAUCAACUUUUGGGCAGUGAAACAACAAGUAGAAAAAUCUCAUCAGACACUUCAUAAACAUAUGAAACAAUAUGAAAAAGUUUUAAAUCAGUCUGCACAACCUUAUUUUGAAUUAUGUAAAAAUGUUGAAUUGGAAGAAGAGAUAAAGAUGGAAAGGUCUGAGCUUAAUUGCUCUGAUUUUAUAUCUGCUUUAACACUACAACAAUAUCUUGGAAAUAGUUCAUCCCAAAUCGAAUUUUGUCAAGAUUAUUAUAAAAAAAUGAGAAAUCUCUGUAAAAAAAUAUAUAAAGCAUCAAAAAUAUUUGAGAACAUCAAUUUUCUAGAAGACUUUGCAGGAGAAAUAAUAACAUCUGCUCAUGACUUGCAGUUGUUGAAUGUAUCAAAGGAUGCUGAUGAAGAACGUAGAAAAAAAGAAAUUCGUAGUAUUCGUCUUCAAAAACAGAAAGGACUUUCUGAUUUAUUUAAAGCUUUAACAUCAGUUGGAUUGUCAUUCAAAUUAGGAACAGUAUAUUGGAAGGAUAUCAAUAUAAAAAAUUUGUUAUCCCUUUCAUUUUUUGAUGUUGAAACAGCAUUAAAUUCAAUGGUUUAUGAAAGGAAGGGAGACAAGAUUUGGAAACAUAAUUCAAAAAGAAUCCACAAUUACUUUUAUAGAUCAAUUUUUAAAUUUUUCUCCUUAGCAACAGCAUUGGAAUCACCAAACAAAGAUUUGAGUCCAGAUAAUAUUGAAAGAUGCAAAGGAUUUAUAGGACAUUUGCUAUAUCUUAUUUGUAAUCAGCAACAACAAAUUAAAGAAAAUGUUGAAUCUAUUCUUAAUAUAAGAAAUUUAUUAAAUAAUCUCAAGAGUCAAGCUGAAAAUUUUCAAGAUGUACAUGAAAUGUUACUUCCAUCUCAAGAUAUUUUGGAAAAAUGGAUGAUAAAUAUGAAAAAUCUUGCUUAUCGAACAACAACAAGUCUUCAACAGUUUAUAAUUAUUUUAGAAUGUUGUCCUGAUAAAGUGGAAAACUCUUAUAUUCUUUCCAAUUCUGAUAGUCUUCCAUCCUUGAUAUUAGCAAAUAAAAAUGAUGAUAUGUGGAUUCAAAUAUAUGAUAAAGCCAAUGAAAGUUUGAAAACAAUCCAGAAUCUUAUUAACCAGUUUCCAAAUAAAUCACUUAAUUCUCUGUAUACAUUUAAAGAUUAUGAGUUUAUUUCUAAUGCAUUUAAAGUCUUUAUAGAACUUUCUUUAAACUUUAAACUCUUAAAAAAAUACAUUGAGGCUGAUGAUAAAAUAAACAAUUUUAGUUCCAGUUUAAAUUUUAUUUUGGAUGAAAUCAGAAGGUUAGAAUUAGAUUAUGAGAAAUGUAUUUUUCAAUUCAGGCAGAAAUGUUCUAAUUUAUGCAAUGGAAAUGUUUCAGCAAUAGAUGAGUUAAAUAGUUCAGUAAAACAAAUUAAUCAUCACGUUUUGCUUGCUGUGCAAAAUAUAUUUCAGUAUCAUUCAAAAACUGAUGAAGAUAGCAAAAAAGAUGAAAAUGCAUCAACAAGUGAAAAAGUUUUGACCAAUGGUGUUAUAAAGGAAAUAAAAGAUAUUAUGAACAUUUUAAAUUUUUUAAAAAUUAAAAAAUUAUCUAGAAAAAUUGGAAAACAUUUAAAAUUGAUUGACUCUUCCAAAGUAAACAUUGAAGAAGCCAAUAAAGUUAUAUUUGCAAUACUUCCAUUUCUGGAUCAGUAUGUUAAUUUGGCACAGUUUUUUAUUGUGGAACAAACAGCAUCUCAUUCUGUUUUAUGUAAACUUUUAUAUGUUUUGCUUGGAAUAUUUAAUGAUUUGGCUAAACAGGGAUUUUGUUUACCACCUGAAUUAUUAGAAGAAAAUGUUCAAAAAAAGGGUGAUAAAUUUAAGGAAAUAGAAGAUGGUGGUUUUGGAGAAGGUGAAGGAAUGAAAGAUGUGAGUGAAAAUUUGGAAAGUGAAGAUCAACUUGAAGAUGCUCACAAACCUGGAGAAAAGAAACAAGAUGAAUUGGAUCAACCUGAAUGUGAAGAGGAGGAACAUGGUGUAGAAAUGUCAGAGGAUUUUGAAGGUAAACUCCAUGAUCCAAGUAAAACUGACAAUAGUUCUGAUAAUAAUGAAGAUGACAAUGAUGAUGAAGAUAAUUUAGAAAAGAAAAUGGGUGAUAUUAAUGAGGAGGAAAACAUCGAAAAAUUGGACAAUGAGAUUUGGGGAAGUGACAAUGAAAAUGAAGAUGAUGAAUUAAAGGAUGAUAACAGUGGAAAAGGAAAAGCUCUUCCAGAAGAAAAUAUUGUUGCAAAAGAUGAUAAUAUAGAAGAAAGGAAUGAUGAUGGAAGCAAAGAAAAUCAACCUCAUUCUGAAGUAACAGAUCACCAUGAUGAUGAAUAUGAUGGUGAACAUGCCAAUGAAGUUAAUGAACAAACAAAACAGGUUCCAGAAAGCUUUGAUAUUCCUGAUGAUUUACAUAUUGAAGAAGAAUCAGCAAUGGAAAUAGCAAUUGUGAAACUUGCUCAUAGUUCAUCAUCUGAACUAACUAAAUACUUCAUGGCUGCAAAAAUUAUUUGGGGAAGUGACAAUGAAAAUGAAGAUGAUGAAUUAAAGGAUGAUAACAGUGGAAAAGGAAAAGCUCUUCCAGAAGAAAAUAUUGCUGCAAAAGAUGAUAAUAUAGAAGAAAGGAAUGAUGAUGAAAGCAAAGAAAAUCAACCUCAUUCUGAAGUAACAGAUCACCAUGAUGAUGAAUAUGAUGGUGAACAUGCCAAUGAAGUUAAUGAACAAACAAAACAGAAAGCUUUGAUAUUCCUGAUGAUUUACAUAUUGAAGAAGAAUCAGCAAUGGAAAUAGGUAAUUUA